ACAAAAAAUUCAAAAUCAAGUUUUCAUCAUCUCCAUUUCUCUCUUUCUCUCAAUUAAUCUCUCUUGGAUUUCUCUUUCAAGAAGAUUAAUUCAUCCAUCCAUAUGGCGGCCGCGUCUUCUUCAACUGAGUUCCAUUACAAAAACAUGCCAUAUACGGUGUUGGUACCAGAGAAUCAUGGGUCGUCAGGAGAAUCUACAAGUGCAAGAACAAAUAAUAUUCUUCAGUUAGCUGCCCAAUGGGUGGCUAAUAUCUCUGUGUACAACCCUAAUGUCGCCUUGGAACUCUUAUUGGAACGUAUCGAGAGCAUGAUAUUUUAUAAAGAAAACGACGCAUUAGCAAUUACAUCAGUUGAUGGAUUCGACUUGGAGGUGAAGGAAGGAAAAAAUUUGAAAAUGAAAUUUGCAACAAGUGGGUACGAGGGCGAUCAACCGAUCGUAGAGUAUCCGGUCUUGAGAGACAUUGAAGAUGCUAAAAAGAAUGGAAUGGUGCGUUUUAGCAUGAGAUUGAGCAUCUGGACAACGUAUAAAGCUAAGUAUUGUCUCACUUGGAGAAGACGAUUUCUUGUGAAUCCUUAUUGUUUAGGGUUAAAUGUUAGGGUUUUAGCAGGAAAUGGUAGCUUGACUAAUAAUAUUGGAGGAGAAAACAGUUUUUGUGAUGUUGUUGUAAGGCUCUCUGAUUCAUGA